CUCCACCCUAGCCACCUGCCGCUGCGCACGUGCGCUGACCGGGCAGAUGCUCAACCUGGAGUCGGUCCAGGCCGCUGAGGCCGCCGGCUCCACGUCCACGGUGUUCAGCCUAGGCCGCAACACCGCCAUCGCCGCCAUCUGCGCCGCCAGCGAGACCCGCAUGCGCACCGCCGCGCUGGACCCCGUCAGCUACAGGCUGGGCCUGACUGACCUGGGCUGGACGCCGCGGCUCACCUCUCUGGUGCGCGACUCCAAGUACCGGGUGUUCACCAAGCCCACCGACUGGAACGGCGCCCAGCGCCUGUGCACGCUGCACGGCGGCCACCUGGCGGUGCUGGAGGACGCGCAAGACGUGGCCGACCUGACCGCCCUGCUGGCGACCAACCUGGGCGUGGCCUCGGAGCUGGCGGGGCAGGCGGUGUGGGUGGGGCUGUACAUGGCGCAGGACCCCAUCUUCAGGUGGGUGGACGGCACGCACCUGCGCUAUGGCGGGCUGGAGGUGGUGGUGGACUGGGACUGGGCGCCCACCAACUGCGGCUACCUGCGCCUGGAGCGAGUCAACGGCACCUGGCGCGGUAGCCUCAAGGCGGGAGGCUGCGACGCCAACCAGUUCGCCUUCGUAUGCGAGACCAGCACAAUUGUGGACGACAGCCUGUCUGACAUCACCCGCGGCGAGGAACGGGUGGUGCCUGCCUCCGCGCUGGGCAGUGCCGCGUUCGGCUCCUGGCGCGUGACGCUCUUCCCCGCGCACUCCGUGUCCUGGUACGACGCACAGCGCAUCUGCCGCUGGAUGGGCCAGGACCUGAUGUGGUACUUCAACUCGGGCGAGGAGUCGUGGCUGUCGUCCUGGGUGGCCGCCUCCAACCUGAGCGGCAAUGCCGGCACCGGGCUGUGGACGGCGCUGAGUGCCGACACCCCGCCGCGCAUGGGCUGGCGCACCACCGCUGCCGACUCCAACUCGCUUGCGCUGUCAACUUGGCAGCUGCCGCGCGGCCUGGACGCCGCCGCCUCCAUUCCCGCAGGCGACACCACCGGAGCCUGCGGGAUGCUCAAGCCGCUGCCGGGCGGCGGGUUCGCAGUCGGCCUGGCAAGCUGCGGCGCCGCCAUUGCACCCUUUGCCUGCAAGCGCGGCCAGCAGUGGAACGGUCCGCCGGCCUCUUUGUCCGCGGCCGCAUGACGUACAUGCUGUUUGGAGGGACAGGGGGCCCUGCAACCGACUGGGCCACGGCUGCGGGAGCUUGUGCCAAGCUUGGAGGCCGCCUUGCGGAGUUUGCAACGUUUAGCGAGUACAUGGCCAUCUCCGAUACUAUCCGCCAAUACGCACAAGGCCGCACCUCUUUAUCAUAUCUGCCCUACUGGAUGGGCCUCCGCCGAGACCCUGAUGACCGCCAAAUCUUCCGUUACACCUCGGGCAGCCUGCCCUCUCCGACUGCGACGGCUUGGGGACGGAAUGAGCCUAAUGACAACGGCAAUCGGGAAAACUGUGUUGAAAGCCGGGUGUACCUGCGCGAGGAUGCCGGGUUCCGAGAGUAUGCUUCCAGCAGCUUGUUUAGCAACAUAGGCCUUCUGGA